CAUAUGAAUAGCCAGUUACGUCAUCACUAACCAAUGAUAUACUGACAGGUUUGGCUUCGUGAAUCGGAAGGUAGUGACGAUACUCGACACCGAUACUCUGACAAAUCCCAAGGGCGACAUUAGCGGACAUUAUUUUUGAGAACCUCAUUUCACGGCGGUGUGAAGGAUUUCUGAAGAUUUCAUAAGGAUGAAGACAAGUCAUUGUGUCAUUCUAUAUCUUGUCAUCCUAACAGGAGUCACUCCAAUUAACGGUUGGUGUUGGACUGACGUAGCAUUGGCUGCUGGAGGUGCAGUUGCGGGGGUUGUAGCCACCCCCGUUGUAGUGUCCGCUGGACUAGGGGCAAUUGGUUUUUCCGCCGCUGGAACCGCUGCCGGGUCCACUGGAGCUGCUCUAAUGUCAACCUAUGGCGGCAGUAUCGCCGCUGGCAGUGCCGUUUCUGUGAUGCAGUCUGUAGGGGCUGCUGGUGUAGGAUUAGCCGGAAAGGCUCUAGGGGGCGCUGUGGUCGGCGCUGCUACCUACGCCGCAGGUGGAAGGAAUUGUGAUCCAAAGGAAAUCGAAUGUAACUGACUAAAGUAAUUGAAAUAUAAUAGCGUUUUUCGAACACCUGACGACAAUCAGUAGAAUCGACAUCGGGUCAAAAUAUUUCACAUUGUUACACAUAGCAUGGAAUAAAUAUAUAAUUUUGUACCU